AUAUAUCCAUGCCAUACCCGUAGUCAUAAUCGCAGCCCUUUUCCUAUUCUUCUGCGAAUACUCACUCCUCUAGUAUUCCUCGUUCGCGUCUCGUGUGUCCAUAUACUGGUUCCUCGAAGAGAUGGCGGCCACACUGCCCUCAACAUCAUCGGAACAUCACUUCUCUAUCUCGAACAUCAUCUCCAGAUUUCGGUCAAAGAAAGGGAAAAGCAACAGAAAGUCCGAUGCGCAACCGCCUCAAGAGAUCUUGCAAGAGACGCGCCUGCCACUAAAGCCGGCGCCAUUACCCUUAGUCCUACCAGAACAUCAACAGACCCUGUCAGCUCUCGGCUGGACGACCGUUACUUUUCCUGAUUCAUCACCAGCCCAAUCAGAAGCGACAGAUCAUAAGCAUCAAGCCCCGGCGCCUGGUCCGCACCCUCUCCAGGCCGCAUAUGAACAGCUCUUCGCAGCGAGUCAAGCUUUCUUCAACCAACCCGAUAAGGAAAAGCAGAGAUGGAAGCACAAACUCAGAUCUGAAGAAGGCUGGUCCAAGAUCCCCGGCGAAAAGGAAUUCAUUACUUUGCGAUCUCUAGAGUAUUGCCCAGAAGUCUUGAGAGGACCUGCAAAGAGGUAUUGGGAUCUCGUUGGACAGCAUUGCUCGAAUACGUUGGGUAGAAUCUCGACAUCCCUUGGGCUACCAAAUGGCGAAGAUGAAGGGCUGCGACAGUUUGUUGGACCAUGCGGUACAUUGCAAGCUUCUGAUAAGGAGAAGACAGCGACGAUGCUGCGAUUGUUCAGAUACGAGGGCUGGGAGGCGAAGGUCGUGGCUGAACCACAUGCUGAUCUGGGACUGCUAAGCGUAGUAGUUGGCGAUGUGCCUGGCUUGGAGGUGUGGGACGGGGCCAACUGGUUCGAGGUCGAAAAAGUUGUCGAAAACUCUGGGAUGAAAGGUGCUACCAUGCUCGCUGGACGGCAACUCGAAAGGCUUUCCAAUGGUAGAUACCCGGCUGGUGGUCAUCGGGUCGUGGCUUACGGGUCUCCGGUGCCUUCACCAAACCCUCCCGUCUCCACCUCUCAGGCCUCCUCCACCAUUCAUGAUCCUGCCUCUUCGACGGACGACAAAAGAUACCGCUUCUCGAUCGUCUUCGUUCUUCGCGCCCACGAACCGCUCAUUAUCAACUCUGAUUCCUUCGAAACUGAGGUCACUGGCAAGUGGCUUGAACCUAUGAAUGGUAUUACCGCGGGUAGGUUCUACGAGAAGAUCAGAGGCCAGCACUUCAACAUUAAUAUCGAUAUGGAUGAGAGGGAGAAGCAGAGGAAUAAGCUGAAUAACGUCAAAGGUGGGAAGAAGCAGGACUGGGAAGUCAAGGAGGGCAAGGUGGUGAGUAGUGGUUAGACUUUGUGCAUUGAAGCGCUCGUACCUAGGAAUCGUGACCGUUUUCUCUUUUGUUGUAGCU